CUGAAACGCAACGCAACAGCGCUUAGCUUAUUGUAAUAAAUUUUUUGUCUUAGUUAUAAAAUAACAGUCGACAACGCUGGUUCUUGGGAAAAAAACUUAUACGCAGCAAUUAAUGCUCGAUAUCGUAAACGCAUUUCAAUAUUAAAAUAACAAGUGGCAUUCGAUAAGAACAUAUAUAAUACUCGAAAUAUAUAAUCUGAUGCAACUGAAUACAUUCGAAACGUAUUCUACGGAGAGUAAUAGUUCAUCCAAGUUCUUCAGUAGAUAUUUCAGCAUAAGGAAUAAAUAUGGAUCAUUACUCUCGAUUUAUCGAUAAAGCGAUUUUGGACUAUAACUCACAAGGAACAAGUGAUAAAAAUUUAAUUAAAAAUACGAUGCACCGUAUGAUAGAAAAGAAAAUAUUUCGAACCAUAAAACGUGAAUCAAAAAAUGAAGAAACCGCCAAAAAAAAGUUAGAAGAAGGUAAUAAGAUGAUAUCAAGUGCACCGCUAGAAAAAUUGAUCGAAAUUUAUAGUGAGGUGAUAGCCUACGCACUACCAGGUUCAGAAUUAUUAGCACGUGGAUUUGCAAAUCGCUCGGCAGCACUAACGAAUGGGGGUAUGUAUGAAGAUUCUUUGAAGGAUAUAGAAAGAGCAUUUGAAAUCGAGUAUCCAGAUAAUUUAAAGGCUAAAUUAUAUGCUCGCAAAGCAAAGAAUUUGUUAGCUUUGAAUUCAAUGAUGCGCUCUGAAGUUGAUGAUGCCAUUACCCAAGCAAACAUCUGGGUAGAAAAAAUGGAUGAUGAUAACAAAAAAAGAGUAAAAAAAAGUUUAGAGCAAAUGAAGACAGAUAAAUCUUUUAAAAAACCUGUUAAAUUUUGGGAAAGUAGUGAAUUUUUCCCUAAAACACCAGAUGAUAAUCCGAAAAUAUUGAGAGCUUCAGGUUCUAUUGACAUAAAAAAUUCUGAAACAUUUGGCCGUCAUAUUGUAGCUACCAAAGAUAUUAAGGCAGGGGAAACUCUCUGGGUCCACAGAUCUUAUGCAUUUAUACUCAAGUCUGAAUACAGAUAUCGUCAUUGUUGGAAUUGUGCGAGAUAUACCUUGAGUAGCGUUCCUUGUAGUCAGUGUUCGAAUGUUAUUUACUGUAAUGAAAAGUGUCGAGAUAUUGCGUGGCACGAGCAUCAUGAUGUUGAAUGUCCAGUAAUUACUGCAGUUUUAGCUCUUAAAAUUUGUGAUGAAGAAAAAUGUUUCCUUUGGGUGAGAUUAUUAGUAAAAGCUUUGAAGGAAUUUGGAACAGUUACUGCAUUGUAUAAAAAAAUCAAAGAGAUUAAUUUUAUAGAGGAUCCGAUUUCAAAAUUGUUCACUGGAAACGUAUACGAUGAUACAAAAUAUGCGAGCGUUUAUUCACUAUUUCGAUCAAAAUCAAAUCCAGUACUUACAGAAGUCAUUGCAUUCAAAAUUGUUGGAAUAGUAUUUCUGUUAAGUGGAACUACUGAAAUACUUGGGAAAAGAUUUGAUGAUCCAACUGAGUUGAUGAACAACAAAUGGGCAAUUUUCAUUGGAAACUUGUUGUUUAGGCACAUGGAAAUAACUCAGAAGAAUUCAAUCGACAUGAUGUCAAAUAAUCGUCAAGGAAAUAGUAUAAAAUGUGGCUUGUUUUUGGCACCAUUCCAAGAUUUAUGUAGCCAUAGUUGUGAUCACAGCGCCCACCCAUUAUCUACAGGAGAUAUCAAUGCAAUGAUUGCAGUUCAGCCAAUCAAAAAAGGUCAACAAAUAUAUAUCAGCUAUGGACCUCAUUAUCGAAAGUUACCGGCUGUUCAAAGAAAACAGCUUAUACGAAUGAAUUUCAAAUUUUGGUGUCAAUGCACGGCUUGCAUUAAUGACUGGGGUCCAAAUCAUCGCCACUUAUCUUGUGUGGAUCAACUACCGGAAAAAACCACUUACGAAUUGAUUAAAAUUUUAUGGAAGUGUAACAUGCACAUUCCUAUAAUGAAAUUACUUAAAGAGCGUUCUACUAAAAAUAUUACUUCAAGUAAAAUUAUUGAAAUAAUAUCUGAUUUCUCAAAAAUGCUUAAUACUAUCGGCAGUGAUAGAUACCCGUGUGAAGAUAUGGAGAAAGGAAAGUAUGUAUUGUUCGAUGUAUUCGACUGUAUCUCAGGGUAUAUAUGAAUAUAAAUCAGAAUGAUGAGUUUGAGAAUAAGCAAAUUCAAGCCAAUAAAAUAUUAAUCUCACAAAUUUGAUAUAAAAAAAUUUUUCUUUCAAGAAACACUGAAUUAUUUUUAAAUUGAGUAUUUUUAUAAUUACAAAAUUUUUAUAAAAUGAAAAAUAUAAAUUCUAACAGUUUUAUAAGCAACAUAAAACGAAUGGAAUGUAUAAUAAUAAUAAUAAAA